UUUAAAUCUGUACAUUUUGCAAGGAGGGCUUGAGGACAAGGAGUCCCGACUAGAACCAAAGCCCAAAGACACCUGGAGUCUCCAGAGUCCAGACCUGUGCCGGACCUGUCAGUAUAAAAUAAACACAAGCAGGGGCAGAAGGAGUCCAGUCAUGGCUGAACAGAGGUGUUUCUGCGGUGUGUUGAUCACCACGCUGCUGGUCGUGAUGCUGCUGCCUGCAUUCCUGUCUGCUGGACCAAUCGCCAAAAAAUCCAAAGGAGAUGCGGGGGAGAGUAUCCAGGAGAAGGCAGCAGCUGCCGCGGAGCACAGGAGGCUGAUCCGGAACCGCAGGAACAUUAGCUGGUACAAACAGCAUUCUGACUUCUGGGCCUGGUACAAGUACUUUACUGACAACAGCAACCAAGAGGCAGUGCAGGAAAUGGAUCGCAUCUACCUGGCUUAUCUCCAGAACAAGAACCGUGCCGAGGCGCGCAACUCCUACAAGGCCUAUCUUCGGCACCUGGGGGAUAUUUACAAGUCCUGUUCCGACUCUGAGGACCCUAACUGUGUGGCUUCGUAUACCUCAAGGCCCAAACCUAAGGCAGAGCCCCCCAAACCAGCACCAAUGAAAACCUGUGACCCCACGAAGGACCCUCAAUGCCUGUAUAUGGCUUUGGUCCAGGGUAAGAGCCCCUACCUGCCUCUGGUGCUUCAAACUGCCCCUGCAGCACCAGUCAAGGCCCCUGCUCCUUUGUUUGCUCGGGCUGCUGCUGCUCAAAGUAAAGAUCCGAUGUCUGGAUAUCACUACUAUGCCCCAUCUGCAGUGUCUGCCCUUACCAAGGAGCAGAAGGCUGAACUGCUUCGUAUCUGCUCUGCUGAUGAUGUGGAGUGUUUACAGUAUCAUCUCAGAGCUGCCUAUGGCUAUCAAACCUCUGCUGGUCCUGCCCCUUCUUAUGCCCACCUGGGCUGUGACCCCAAGAAAGACCCCACUUGCAAACACAAACAAGCACAAAAGGCCCCUUCUGGUCUCUAUCGACAGUACCCCACUUGUGAUCCAUACCGGGAUCCCUACUGCACCUAUGCUUCCUCCCUUGCGGCUCCCCGUUCUGGUCCCGGACCGUGCAACCCUCUCUAUGACGACAACUGCAACCCUCUGACCGCCACCAGAUUCGCCUCACCCCCAGAGGAGUACCGAAAUGACGAUCGAGAUGAGGCGGCUGCUAUCCGCGCAGCUCCUCCUGCUGCUGAGCAGAACGACCCCUAUGCCAUGUUUAGGGAUGCCUAUGCUAAUGCUAACCGAGUCCAUGAUCCCUAUGCUAUGUACCGUCAGCCUCCAGCCCCAGCGUCUCCUCUUUCUACUGAUCCGUACAACAUCCUGCGUCAGUUCAUGUCCCAAGCUCAGGAUAGUGACCCGUUUGCUCCACGCACGGCUGCUCCCGAGUCCAACGCUAACGAUCCUUUCUCCGCUGCUCGUGACACCAUGAGUCGUCACAGCCCUCCCACAUCCAGGCAGCAGUACCCAUUUUCCAGUCCAAGCUACGAAGAGCCACCUCAGGAGGAGCGACACCCUCUGGGCCCUCCGGGUAAAACCAAAGAGGGUUAUGACUGCUUCAUCGGUUACGACCGUGAAUGCUACCCCUUGAAGCCUAGUCAACCUCGCUCUGGAGCUCAUCGCCGCAUCCCCUAUGCCGCAGAGGCCUACGAGCCCCACCUGAAUGCUGAUGGUACCCGCAACGGUGUCUUGGAGCCUUCUAACCCUGACUGUGACCCCGAGUAUGACCCUGACUGCCGCCUGCGUCGCCACGAGUCACAACCAGCCCAGCCAGAGAUCCAGCCCGAACAUCACGCUGAGGACGACUACAACCAGGGUGCAGGAGAAGGCGAACAGCUGGAACAGGAGCCCUACCAGAGUGGCCAGGAAGAGCCUCACACGUCUUACCAGUCUCACUCGCCGAGGAUGCCCAGCCUCCAGGACAUCCUCAGACUUUACGGAGACCGCUACCCCGGGCAGGUUGAUCACAGAGCUUACGCAGGCGACUACCGCAAAAAGUAAUCAUGCACAUGCACGCAGUUGGACACAAAAACACAGUCCCAAGCAUUUUUGUAGCCCAGUCUGGGAAUAACUUUAUGCAGCAAGCAUCCAGGUCUGACUGGUCAGGAAAUGGGACACAGGUGAAGUCUAUGGGCCUGAAGGGCAAGAACAUGCACAUACGUCCACAUAUAUCCUCCUGCUGAAGGAGCAUGCUCAUAAAUCUUGCAAAAAAAUGUUUGGCUUUCUAUGACUUUAGAUGCUUCAGACCUGCUUUGUGCAUUGCUCUUCAUCCUUUUCCUAGCACUCAAAUUUUGUUAUGAAUUCUUAUUUUCUAAUUUUGCUUCUAUAUCUUUACUUUUCACUUUAUUUUUUCUUUGGUUGUUGCUUUUCACACUAAUGGAUUAUGGAAAUAUUUGUUUCCACAUUGAAUGUUCUACUAAUUAUAAUAAAAAAACAACCCUGAA